AAAUAUUUCUCUCUCUCUCUCUCUCUCUCUCUCUCUCUCUCUCUCUCUCUCUCAUAUUGCAUGCAAAACUAAUUAAGAUGAUGGAAAUAAGGAGGGUUUUGUAUUUUGUAGUUAUAUUGAGCUUAAUAAUGACGUCAUUGAUACCAAAUAAUGCAAAUGGUGAUGUAAUAAAUGGAAAGACACAAAGAAUGAUAUAUAAAGCUAAUAAAGAGGGCCCUUAUCUUGGAUUAGUGAUUCCAAAUCUCUUUGAAAUGAACCCUCUUCUUCACCAUCCUAGCUUCCAACCUACUAAUCUCACCAUUGAUUUUGCAGGAAGAAGGUUCAGAUUUGGAACCAUUUAUGAAGAGAAAGUGAUAUUGGUUAUGACCGGGCUAGCCAUGUUAAAUGCAGGCGUAACGACGCAGCUUCUGUUAAGCUUGUUCAAUAUAAAAGGAGUGUUGCAUUAUGGAAUUGCUGGAAAUGCAAAUCCAUCUCUGAAUAUUGGAGAUGUCACCAUUCCUGAAUAUUGGUCUCAUACAGCUCUUUGGAAUUGGCAGAGGUAUGGAGAUGGGCCAGAAAAUGAACUAGCCCUUGAAGGCAAUGGAGACUACACAAGAGAAAUUGGACACUUGAGAUUUGCUAACUACACUACAAAUAAUGUAGUUAGUGACAAUCUCUUAAACCGUGUUUGGUAUCAACCGGAAGAAAUAUUCGAAAUCGACGGCACCCCCGAGCAGAGACAACACGCAUUUUGGGUCCCCGUCGAUUCUAAUUACUUCGAAUUAUCCAAGAAAUUAGAGGGCAUGGAAUUGGAGAAGUGCAUUAAUUCAACAACAUGUUUGUCUGAUACUCCAAUUGUAAGAAGGGUGUCAAGAGGGACAAGUGGCAGCAUAUUCUUGGACAAUUCUGCAUACAGAAGUUUCUUGCAUGAUAAAUUCCACGUCAGCCCUGUGGAUAUGGAGAGUGCUGCCGUGGCAUUGAUUUGCCACCAGCAAAAGGUGCCUUUCAUCACUUUCCGGUCACUUUCCGACCUCGCCGGUGGCGGCUCCGCCCAGUCUAACGAGGCUGAAAUCUUUGCUCCGCUGGCGGCAAACAACUCCGUCGCGGUGGUGGUGGGCUUCGUUGAAAUAUUGGCUAGCCUUAACUCCAAAAGUUCUUCUUGAAAGUACUAUGUAUAUAUAUUAUAUAGCUCCAAAUGUAAUUUUAAGCAUCACUACAUAUUAUAAUUUAUUUUACUUUUCUUGAAUAGAAAAAGUGCCGAAGUUAC